AUGCCGCCUGCAUCCAGGGGAGGAACGAGGACGGUGAUGGGGAAGGUGAAGGAAGUGGUAGCGGCGAUUCGCCAAACCAUCCGCAGCCUGAUCCGGCAACAUAUUCGGAUGGGCCGGGCGCCGUACAUAUGCGUCCUGGGUUGCAUGUUGUUGCUCUUCGCGGGCGUGAUGCUCAUCUCUACGUUUGACUCAAGGGAGGCCCGGGCCGCCCCUCGCGGCUGGCCGGUCUUUGUGGCAGCCAGCUCGAGCAACCAAUGGACCUCAUUCUGCAUGCUGAUGAGCAGCGGCGCCAUCGUUCUCACAAUCAAUUACCUUCCAAAACUCGAAGGCGAAGCGUGA